AUGAAACAAUCUAAAAAUUCAUUUAUAAUAUUAAAUAAAUCAACAAUGUUACAACUAAUUGGAUUGUUAAUGAUUGUAACAGUAAGUAUUGCUGUAGAGCAGUGUGGAAAAGUUUGUGAACCACAGUGUGAGUAUCUUCACUGCUUUGGAAAACAAUGUAAGUGCCGUAUGGUUCAUCUCGAAUAUCUUCUCUCUACAAUCGAAAAGAAAAUGAAACGAUUGGAAGCUAUUGAAAGAACAUUAAACAAAGAAGUUGAAAGUGACAUGAAGGAUAUGUCAAUUUUGGUUGGUAUUAAAGAUCGAAAACUAUUAAUGUGUAAAAUGAGAACAAUUAGAAAGAAUUUGAGAAAAAUUGCAAUGUUAAAAGUUAAAUUAAAUGCUCAAAUGAGAAAAGGACUCAAUAUGAUUUCAUAUGAUAAUCAAGCAAGAUUAAUCAGAUGUUUAUCACUUGAACACCGUGUUAUUAUCAGGUACAGACAUAUUGUUAUUAAAGAAGAAUCCUCAUACAUUCCAACAACAUCUUCUAGUUCACCAGUUCAUAGCUCAAGUGCACCAGUUCAAAGUUCUAGUUAUCCAACACGAAGUUCAAGUACCCCAAUUCAUAGUUCUAGUCAUCCAACUCAAAGCUCAAGCAAACCAACACAGAGCUCAAGUACACCAACACACAGUUCUAGUCAUCCAGUUCAUAGUUCAAGUACACCAGUACAUAGUUCAAGUGUUCCAGUCCAUAGCUCUAGUACACCAGUUCAUAGUUCAAGUACACCAGUUCAUAGUUCAAGUACACCAGUUCAUAGUUCAAGUACACCAGUUCACAGCUCAAGUGUUCCAGUUCAUAGUUCAAGUCACCCAACACAAAGUUCAAGUACACCAGUACAUAGUUCAAGUGUUCCAGUCUAUAGCUCUAGUACACCAGUUCACAGUUCAAGUACACCAGUUCACAGUUCAAGUACACCAGUUCACAGUUCAAGUACACCAGUUCACAGUUCAAGUACACCAGUUCAUAGUUCAAGUACACCAGUUCAUAGUUCAAGUACACCAGUUCACAGCUCGAGUGUUCCAGUCCAUAGCUCUAGUACACCAGUUCACAGUUCAAGUACACCAGUUCACAGUUCAAGUACACCAGUACAUAGCUCUAGUACACCAGUUCACAGCUCAAGUCACCCAACACAAAGUUCAAGUACACCAGUUCAUAGUUCAAGUACACCAGUUCAUAGUUCAAGUACACCAGUUCACAGCUCAAGUGUUCCAGUUCAUAGCUCUAGUACACCAGUUCAUAGUUCAAGUCACCCAACAAAAAGUUCAAGUACACCAGUACAUAGUUCAAGUACACCUAAACAUGGCUCAAGUUCUGUUCCUAAGUUUGAUUCAUCUGAACCAAAGAAAUGCCCACCUGAAAAGAAGGACGUUUUUGAAAAAUACAAAGAAAAAUGCGAUACUCAAAAGAAGGAUGUUUUUGCUCAAUAUCGUGAAAAAUGCGAUACUCAAAAGAAGGAUGUUUUUGCCCAAUAUCGUGAAAAAUGUGUUAAAAAGCGUGAUGAAUUUGGAGUGUUGAGAAAUAAAUGUGAUCUACCUAAAAAAGAAGCACCUGAAGUUAAGAUUUGGAAGAAAGAGCGUUGCCCAAGAAAUUCUGAUGAACUAGCCAGUGCAUCACCAGAAACCAAGCUACGAUGUAAAAACAUCAAAUUUUAA